ACCAAAACAAUUAAAAAAAAGUGAAAUAAAAAAACAAAGAAAAGGUGGCAUUUCUCUUGCUCUUCUUCUUCCCUUUCUCUUCCUCUCUUCACCGUCUCUAAGGUUUCGCCGACCACCUUUCUUCACGUUACUUGCCCACCCCGUUUUUUCCCCAGAAACGUUUCUCUCUCUUCAAACCCAGAAAACGCCGCCCUCUCUCCUCCGAUCGACGCUUCUGACUCUCUGAAUCACAAAGUGUCAACUCACUACUGGGUUUUUGAGAAUGAAUAUGAUCUCAGCUUUUAUCUAGAAGGAAUUGGAACGCAGUUGUUGCUGGUCCAAGAACCAAUGGGAUAGCUAAUUAAGUGAGAGUUAUUUUAGCAAGAGAAAGUAAUACUACAUUACCAGUAUGUGAGUAUUUUAGCCGUUUUUAUUUAAGGGUGUGCCAACUGCCAACUUCCAAGGGAAAUAAGCAGAUUAUGCAGCGGAAUGCUGGUCAACGAGGGAAGAUGAUUGAAUCAAAUAGAAGUUUCCCAUUAAGGCACUUGGUUCUCUGACGUGGGAGACAUUGUCUCGGAGACCUGCAGUUCAAGAUGUCUGGAGCAAAAUUCUGAUUGUCUUCUCGACAGUAUAGGGGGCUUAGGUAGUUCGGUGCAGCAAAGUAAAUUUUCCAUAUCAGUAUUCUGUUUCUUACCUCACAAAGUAUACCCGUAAAUUGCAGAUUACUAGAAGUUGGGGUCAGACCAAUUUGUAUGCUGUUUUAAAUGGAAAGAUAUCUUGGGAUUUUGAUGGCUAUCGGCUCUCUUAACAAGUUUCUUAGUUCAUCAAAGACAUGGAAAGGGUGAUUAAGACAAUGACCUUUCAGGAAAAAAAAAAAUCUUUUGUGGAUCUUACUUCUUGAAUACCUUUGUGAAAGCUAUCAGGAUCUUUUUGACCAUUGGAGCAGCAAUUUAUUUGGUUUUAUUUGCCACUGGAAUUUGUUAUCGCAUUUUGCAAGCUGUUGUAGAAGGAAUGAGAUGAAUGUUUUUCUCCACUGCACAGAUUCAUGUUUGAUUACAUUUUCCUUAGGUUGCAACCAUUAAUAGCACUUGGAGGAUAGAUGCCGCUUCCGAAGAUCAAGGCCUCUGGUGUAGCAGACGCAAUGAAAGUGGAUGAUGGAAAUGAUUCUUUAGAUACAUUCAUCAGACAAGCAAUAGGGAAAGAGCCUUCUCUUUCUUUCUCAAGGGCAAAUGACAGUCCAGUUCAGUGGAUUCAGUUACUUCAUGCCUUGGAUCAACAAGAUCUGCCAGGGUGGCCUUUGCUAUCUCCAUUGAAGGUCCAAAUGCAGAAGUGUGAAAAGUGCUCUCGUGAAUUUUGUUCAACCAUCAAUUACCGAAGACAUAUGCGUCUACAUAGGCGGAACUUGAACCUCGAUAAGGAUUCAACUGUGAAAAAUAGGGACCUGUUGCAAGCAUUUUGGGACAAGCUUUGUCCAGAGGAAGCCAUGGAGGUUAUGUCAUUUGAUGACGUUUCUCUUGAGGGAGUUAGUGGGUGUUCGAUUGUAAAGGCAUUGGCAUCAUUUAUUCGGAAACCUGGAUUUUCUCUACCUCAGAGUUACGUAAAAUCUGGAUCUGCACUCCUGGACCUUGUCCAGGGUAGACCGUCCAGGUUCCCUAUAACAUCGCAGGAAUUAUUUAGUAUCUUAGAUGAAGCAAGCGAGAAAACAUUUCUAUGUGCUGGAACAGCUGAAUCAUUACAGAAGUAUGUGUUUGACGGUGAGGCUGGGAAGAUUGGGCUUGAGAUGAGGAACUUGGUUGCUUGUACUAGUUUCCUUGUUGAGCAGAAAGUGGUCAAGGCAUGCCUUGCUGAUAUGGAUGCUGAGGCUUUGAGGCACCAGAAAUUGCUUGUGGAGGAAGAAGAAGCCGCUCAAAGGAGACAAGCUGCUAUUUUGGAAAAGAAAAGACAGAAGAAACUUAGACAGAAAGAGCAAAGGGCGAAGGAGCAAGCCAGUGUAGAAACAUACGAUUCUCCCGAAGAAAGUUCCCCUUCCCCACCAACAUCAAGCCCUGUCAUCACCCCUGUCUCUAUUCUAGAUGUUCCCGAAAUUCCUCACGACUUAACUCUGUCUUCUUCUGAUCCUGUUCAAAUAAUGAAUGUGGAAGAAGCAGACAAUGACAAAAUUCAUGAAUAUGAAUAUUCAGAUUUGGAGAAUUCCCAAUAUGUAUAUCCUGAUUUGGGUACUUACCACAAUGUUGAGCAUAAUAGAACAUCGCAUCGAAGUGGCCGAAGAUACACAGUUAGCUCUCGUUGGCAAGUACCGAAAUUGCAGAAAACACCUAAUGGCUUCCAUAACAGUCACAACAACAACUAUCAGGCAACAAAGCUUGGAACCAUGCAAAAGCACACCUCUUCUAGGGAUUCCCGCUCUUCUGCUGCCGCCAAUGGUACUAAAGUGUGGACCCCAAAACCAAAAUCAGACACUGAUGAAGAGGGUUGCAAAAAUAGGUUACAGAUUGAAGCACCUAAUCCACUUGGUCAGGAUAAAAAGCAUGAAGUUCUAAUUGGUUCUAUAUCUAUCACACUUGGAAACUGCAAUAACUUGCAACAUGAAGAAAAAAGUGCAUCGGAGCUUUCUACACCAGAUGUAAAUGGUGUUCACGAAAGGGUUGUGAAAAAUGAGGCGGUUCAGGGUACGGCAAAUCGGUCUACUGUUAAGCUGUGGAGACCUGUUAGUAGACAUGACCAAGGAGGUCAGCUUCCCAUCGAAAACGGUGGCAGUGCUGGUGAAGUUGGCACCAUCCCUUGCAAUAACAGUAAUGAAGUUCAGCAGACAUGUGAAGCAGAGAGUUAUUCGGACUGCCGUGGAGAAAAUCAUGCUUCUGUUGAAGGUGGAUUUCAGAGAGGAUCAAGUUUUUCAAGCCAUGUAGCAGAAGCUUUUCUGGCAACAAGAUGGAAGGAAGCUAUUGCAUCAAACCAUGUACAACUAGUCUUAUUCACUGAAGCUAGACCUCCUGGAUGCCCCGAGAUACAGAACGAAACCCAAGAAAUAGUUCGCUUGUCCAGGUUAGAACAACGUGGCAUCCUUCACAGUGCGGAGAACCGUUUGGAAAGUUACACAAACAACCUCGAACAUUCAGUGACAGUCAAAUCAAAGAACAGAGCUAAAGCAGAGAAGGGGGGCAAUAAGGUCAAAUACAUCCCAAAACAAAGAAGCGCGUAUUAAAAAUAACAAAAACUCGGAGAUUUUCAUAGGUGGUAUAGCAUAUGUGCAGUUUUUCAUCUACUAUAUCUUUACAUUCUUAGCAGAGGUUCCAGUUUUAACAGCGGUCUUCUGUCCGGAAAAUUUUGGGGGAAGUGAUUGUUAAGUAGUGAUUAUCUAUUUUCUUUUUCUGGUUUCAGGCUGCAGUGAGCUCUAUUUUUUUCGCCUUUUCGGUAGGGGUAGAUUUAUUUUUUUCCCAUGUAAUAAACUGGGUUUUUAGUGUUAUUGCAGAUUUUACCCUCUGGCUUUUUUGCUGGCAAUAUAAGGUUUUGCAUUUCUCCUGUC